UAGUGUCGAAGUCCCGAUCCGAACGAGAUGGCGGUUAGUAUUGAAGUCCCGGUUAGUGUCGAAGUCCCGAUCCGAACAGAUGGCGGUUAGUGUCGAAGUCCCGAUCCGAACAGAUGGCGGUUAGUGUCGAAGUCCCGAUCCGAACGAGAUGGCGGUUAGUAUUGAAGUCCCGGUUAGUGUCGAAGUCCCGAUCCGAACGAGAUGGCGGUUAGUAUUGAAGUCCCGGUUAGUGUUGAAGUCCCGAUCCGAACAGAUGGCGGUUAGUAUUGAAGUCCCUGUUAGUGUUGAAGUCCCGAUCGGAGCGAGACGGCGGUUAGUGUUAAUUCAAUAUUUGGAACCACGCCGCCAUUGCUAAAACUACAGGUAGACCACAAAUCUAAAACGUUAUUUUAAUACCAUGUCAUGGCAAAAAUAAAGCUUUGACCACAGUUUUAUAAAGAUUUUUAGGCAGUAAAAAUCACAAACAUACAUGCAACAUCUCCUGCAGGGUGCUGCAUUGUUACUGGUGGAAGGCGGAAUAAAACCCAAUAACUGUCCAGUUUGAUUUAGUAGUUUACUCCUCGGGUACGUGUGAAGUCCUCUCUGAAUGACGUUCAUGCUAUAAGCAGUGAGCUUCACCUCGAUGCCACAUUCCCUGCGGUUAUAAAGCCCGGUGUGGCGCGGCUGGCGCCAUUUUUAUCCCGACCCGAUCCGGAGCCAUGGCCAUGCUCAGAGUGUCUUCAUACCGCCGGCUGUUUGACGACGACAGGCGGAGUCCUAACGGAGGGCCGAGGCUGCACCAGGCCUCCGCCAGGUGUGCCUCUGCUGGCAAAUGUGACUGUGAUAAAGUAGACUUUGUUACAGCCACAGCUCUGAAUAAAGCGGGUCUAGACCGGUUCAUCCAGGAGCGGACCACCAUGGCUGCCCUCAACGACCGGCUGGUCAAACUCAUUGAGUUGGCCCACUGUUUGGAAGAGGAGAACGGCUCUCUUGAAUGUCAGAUUGCUGAUCUGGAGGAAAAUCUGAACGGUCAACCCGCCUCCACCGAAAUCACCUCCACUGCAGCGAAACCGAAGUUCAGCUUGGAGGCAGUGGUGGAAAAACUGUGCAGGCAGAAGGAUGAGAUUAUUUGUGACACAGAGGAGCUGAAGGAAGAGCUUGAAUGUCUCCAGAAGGAGUUUGAAAAAGCUGCCUAUCAGAGGAUCGUCGUCCAGCAGGGACAACAAGAUGCGGCUGAGGCGGUCGAUGCUGUGACUGCAGAGUGUUUGGCUCUGAGGGACCAAGUGGCCGUCUAUGAGGAACAGCUGGCAAACAUGGAGACCCAACACAAGAUGGAGGUGGAGAGCCAGCUGCAGCCAGAUGAAAGGGCGCUGGCUGCAGCUGCGGUCAGGUUUGGCAGCCCUGACAUCACCCCAGCCUUGGAAGUGAAGGAGUACCACCGCCAGCUGGCCGAGAGCCUCCAGCUGGAGUUUGGGGCGCUCUCCUCUGGCAAAAGCGAUGGAAAGAAACUGGAAGCGAGAGGAACUGGUGGGUCAAUGGUCAAAGACCCAACAGAGAUAACUGAUGUGGACGAGAUGAAGACUCUGAUUUCAGAGCUGCAGAAGGAACUCGAUGACCUUGAGAAGAGUAAUGAGGAGCUGUUGGAUGAAGUUGAGGUGAAAGGGGCUGCGUACAUGGAUGAGGUUGAUGAGUUGGAGUUUACUAUAACAGAAAUGAAGCAGCAGGAGGUUGACUUCAAAUCCCAGAUGAAAGAGCAGUGUGAGGAGUACAGGGAGCUGCUCAGUGAGAAGAUGGCAAGAGACAUGGAGAUUGCAGCCUACAGGAGUCUGGUGGAGGAAGAGGAGGUGAGACUCUGCAGCCUGUGACUCGGCCCGAUCCGAUAGACCUCUGCUGGAUCCUCCCCUGAUGCACGGAUUAGAAAACAGACCAGAAAACAUGACAAACGGACCCAGAAUGAGCACUUUGAUGAAGCUUAAGCAUAGCAGUUCUAGCCACUGACAGAGUGAAGGCCUCAGCCAGCUGAUAACAGGUCGCAUGCAGAUGACCUGGAGACUAAAAUGGAUCGGUCUGAAACCUGUAGGAGGCUCGGGUCUGGCUCUACUAUUCCUUUAAAGUGGGAUUUUAUCUCCUCCAGCUCUCUGAUUCCCACACAUUUUAUUCCCUUUGUUUUUAAAGAGGCCCAAUUUAAAGGUGUUAAAUUACAAAGUAAAAAUUUAAGUCAUAUUUGAUUUUUAUAACAACAGAAGGAAACAUUGUUGCUCAAUUAUGCUUCAAAAUGGCUAAAACAAAACAACAUAAUACUGCCCCUUUAACCUCAAAACUAAAUUUUCCAUUUUAUUGCCUUAUUAGGACUGAGAAGUCUGAAUUCUUCAAACAAAACAAAAAUCAUAAAGUGGUGUGAGUUUCUGUAAUGGAUAUUGUUUUGUUCUAAUAAUGAAAGAGUCACAAAGAAAAGAGUUUUGGUGUUACCUUUGUCGUAAUGAUGCAGUUUGCGCCUGGAGAACACAUAAUGCCGCCCCUUUAAAUGCAGAAACACAGAGCCACCUCGUCUGUCACUCAAACUCUUUCUGAUUGCCACCUCUUAACCUUUGACCCCCUUGCUGUAAUCAGACACACAGACGGGCUCCUCCUCCGUCACUGAAAGCGUCCCACCUUGCUUUUGUUUUUACAGUCAGGUCUGCAUGCUGCUUGUGAGAGUAAGCUGUGUUUGCUUAGCAAAUGGCUCGUGAAGUUGUUUUUGUGAAACCUUCAGCAAACGAGCACCUGGAUCUGAGUGAUUCAUUGUUUCCUCUUCCAGAACCAGUGUCCCAAUUUGAUGUCAUUUCACGAAAAAGUGUUCAGCAAAGCAUUCCUCACUAAUCUUUUCCUUAUUGUUAGCAUCAAAGCUGUCUGUUAUCAAUCAUCCUGCACAAGCAUUAAAAUGUACUUGGGAUUUAGAUUAAAUAAAACUGAAUGCUUGAAAAAUCA